AUGGGCAUUCUUCCCAGUCGCGAGAGCCAUGAGUACCCUGGCGCCUUUCACUUCGCCCAGAGUGGCAGUCACGCCAUGGCGAUUCUCCCCCUCACCGAACACUUCUUCCCCUCAGUGGAAUCACUUGCCUUCAAGCAGCUUUACGCGGGCCGCGACAUGCAAUCCGCGAAAUACAACUUCUCUCUCAUCUCCCCUGAACUCCUACGCAAGUACCAGCACCGCUCCAUGGAAAAGAAUCAGAUGAAGGAGGACGUGGUGAUGGCGCCACCAGCGGGCCGCUCAAAGCCGCAGCCGUACCUUCGGCAUGGCCAGCCGCCUGGCGACGACAGUGACACAGAUGAGAGGUGGGUUGCCGUCGAUACGAUCGAUGCGAGCAACUACAGCCAGUUCUUCAAGGACGACACGCACUGUGUGUCGCCAAAUGAGUUGGCGCCGCCAUUCUUGGAUGGUGACGAGGAGGUCUGCGAGGAGCUGCGACGGCCGAACCCAGCGGCGCACUGGCACACUCACGACGCUGCCAAGCAACUCAUCCAGGGCAACGACAACGAGCUUGGUUUUGUCGAUGAGCUAAACUACGUGAGCUUCGAUGGCAAAGGUGGACUGCGGUGUUUGCCAUCUUCGCGGCCGAUGUCAUGCUCCUCAAGUCAGCACCCGCGGCACGGACAGACGCGCAAUGCCUCGACAGAGGCAACGGCUGACGGCACCGCUGCGGCGGCUGCGACGGUGCAGUUCACUCCGGAGGAGCGCGACUUGCUAAACCGGUUCUUUGCGCGCAGUCCGGAGGCGCUGUACAAUGCGCUCGUCGUGGAGCCGAACAGAGGCUUCCUGGUCGACACAAACAAAGAAAUGUGCAACUUGUACGCCGCGGAGAAGCGCUGGAAAGAGGCGCGGAACAUCGUGCGCGCCUACCGACGCCAGUACAAGCAAGGCGCCGCUGCUGGCAACGUGGCGCAGCCGGCGGCUGGCAAGUCUCCCAACUCUCCGAAGUGCCAGCCACAGCCGCUCAUCACCAAGGAGGAAGCCGAUGAGGCGGCCACGGUUCCGCCACCGCCUGUGUUUUUGCGGCCUGUGCCACAAGUGAUCAUGGUGCGUAUGAGCCGUGAAGAAGAGGAGGCGACGCGCACAGCGCACCUCGAGGAGCAGCAACGGAUACGCCGUGCGACGGGGCAUCCGCAUCCGCACCAAUCCGGCGACGGCGAUACACUCACUACCUUGACGUCGUCCUCACCCGCCCCGACAGGGACCGAUGAGGGAAGUAGAGACCUCCGCUCGCCGACGCCGUCGUUGCCCUCUCCCUUGCACGUGCCGACGACGCGCUAUCACCGCUUCGAGGACGACCCCAAGUACAAAGAUGGCCGUAUCCACCUUGUUGAGGAGGAUGGUGUGCUGUACAUGUUCGCCUACAACACCGCUUACGUCGACCCACGUCUGCGCGUGAGGCAACAGAGAGAAGAACUGCUGAAGCAGCAGCACCAGCGGGAGCAGAAAGAACAACAGGAAGGUCCGGAGAAUAGCUUGGAGAAGGGUGAAGCUUGUCGGUCAUCCUCGAGCGUGGCGGCUGCCGGUGCAACCACAGAGGGCUCAGAAGGAAGCUCUACCACAGAGUUUGACGCAGCUGCCGCGCACAUGACGGACGGCGACGAUGACGGCGCGCUGUGCCAGAAAAACCGGCAGACCUCCUCCUUCUACCACACCGUCUCCGCCUUUGGUAACGAGGAGGACGAGGCAGGCCCCCAGGAGCACGGGACCGCCUCGAUGAAGGCCAAGGAUGAAACCCCCACCCACGCGAGCACCGCCGCGGCUUCGCCAGUCGCGUCCGCGACGAUCCCUGCUGUCUCCGUGACGCAGGUGGAGCGCAACGAGGAGCAGGGCGAUGAAGAGAAGGGCACAGCCCUGUCAUUCACCUGUAGCGCUUCAGAGGAGCGCCAGCGGCAGCAGUGCACCACCAUAUUUGCCAACGACGACGACGACGCGGGACCGCAGCGCCCCGACGGAAAACUCACCACCUCCAGCGACGACGACGAUGACGACGACGACGACGACGAUGACGACGACGACGACGACGGUGAUGGUGACGAGCGGCGCAAGGACGCGUCAGACUCCACGCAGAGUGUCGGAAUGACCGCGGCCACCCCCACUGGGACGACAUCCGCGGCGACAGAGGAGCGGUCGCGCAUGGUACGGCAGCUGGAGCUCGUCACAGCCGCCCCUUUCAUCCUCCCUAUCUGCCCUGUUCGUGUUGUCGGGUGCAACGGCUAUGCAGAGUCGAGCUGUCGCGGUACGCCGUGGCUGCGCGGCUACGAGGACGACCCCGAGGAGGACGCCUACGUGGAGUCGCUGCCAGUGAAGCCGCCGAUCAUGUCCGGUGGUGGUUUCAUUGACGCCAACAUCGGCGACAAAAUCCUUAGCCGCGCCUACCUGCUUGGCUUCCAGGUGUACCGCAACGUCUGCCUUGACGCUGGGCUGCCGGAGACGCUGACAAGACCCUUCUGGACACUGGGCCUGCUGUCAAACAUUCCGCUGCUGCAGAUCUCGCGUGAGAUGCGCUUCCGCAUGCGGGCGGCGGCCGCAGAGGUAGAACUUGGCUACAGAGGCCUGCGCGACAUGAUCAAGGGCACAGAAAAUGACCUUCAGUCCUACAUCUACGGCUUCUCAGACAUUCUGCCGUAUCUCGAGCGGGCCUCGCGCGCACGUGUCGAGCAGGCAGAGGCGGAAGCUAAAGCAGCCGCGGCAGCAGAGGGCGGUGACGGUAGUGGCGCUAACGAGGGAGCGGUAGACUCUCGAGGCCUGUCGUCGCUCCUCGUUGGGCACAGCCCCUCGGAAAGCGUCGAGGAUGCAAGUCAGCAACUCCAGGACCUACCAGUCUCGCCCGCCAUCCCGACCCGGUCCUUGCAAGCAGGGAUGCAGCAAAGCAUGCUGUUCCCGCGCAACGAGAUGGAGUUCUACACGCAGUUUACGAUCCGCGGCAACCAGUCCCUCUCCCGCGUCCGCUGCGAAGCUCAGGAGUCUUUCUUUCAUCUCAUUGCCGAGGCAACCGCGCCGGUAUCGACGUCGCUCUUUAUGAAGCCGCUGGAGCUGCCCAUGUACGACUAUGGUGGCGCUAUCCGUCUGCACCUCAUGUGCAAUCGUGUGACCGGGGCCGACGAACUUCAGGUGCUACCGCCGCCGCGCAAUCUCAACCAGCUCUUUUCCGAUCAUCAGCAGCGACUGCAACUGAGGCGACUUCAGCUGCAGCGUCAGUGCUGCACGUCGGCAGAUGACAAGGGGGAGCUUAAGUCGAACGCCAAGGGAAGAAAAGAGUCGGCCGACGGUGACUCGACUACCACAGCACCUCCCUAUCUCAUCUACACGGUCGUACACCCCUCUGGCAAGGCGCGAGGGCCUUCGUUGGAGCACUACAAGAGAAGCUUGCAGGCCCCCGACGACGGUGCCGACGCCAACACGCUUGACGAAGCGGAGGUGUCCACGGCUGCCACCGACAGUACCUGUGGCGGCGGCGGGUACGCGGCGCACCAGUAUACGUAUCCGCCGGACUCCUUUGUGGACAGUGACAUGGUCAUCUACAACAUCCACAAGGGCCGCUGGGAGCACUUCGAGUACUUCCAUCACCAGCAGCUGGCGCAGCGGCGCGCGCGCAAACUGCAGGCCCAGGCUGAGAAGGAAGCAGGCGAGCCAGACAGCAACCAGCUGCCGGCGCAGAGCAACAAGGACACCACUGAUGCUGCUUCGGUGCAGCAGGCCACCACUCGCGGUGAGGCCUGCCAGGAUGCCUUGGUCACGUGCAGCGGUGGCCGCUUCGCUGCUGUUGAUGAGGAUGAGCAGGAUAUCCACCUGGAGGACAUUCUGCUCUGCUGGAUCAAGCGCCGCCUGCAAAGCGCCACGAUGCGCAACCGUGUUGACCCGGGGUGGUUGCGCGACAGCGAAGGGCACAUUGUACAGGAGGGCCGUUACUACAUCUGGGGCUUCGAGCAAGACGGUCAGCAGUAUUUCUACGGUCUGAUCCCCAAGUUCGCCAAGGAAAAGAAGAACAAGCGACACAACACGAUUGCUGGCAACGCGCAUAAUCAGCACCACCACGAUAGUCACAACCGCCGCAGCAACGCGCAAGGCAACCUGAGCGGGCCGUCGAGCGUAUUGAACAGUCAUCCCCGACCUAAAAUCGGCGGUGGCAGUGAUGUCGGCAAUCCGGGUGCGCUCGGAAUUCUGUCCAGCAAGUCCAUUGACAGCGCUCAAGCGCAUCAGCACUUGAUGAGUGGCGACGGCAGCACCUCUGACAGCCACAGCCCAUCACCAGGAGCUUGCAACCCCGCCCAUACUGCGAUCAACGGGCAAAUGACCGAUGAACGCGGCAGUGGGAGCGUGGAGAACAUGGGGGUACGGUCCGAGUCGGCGACCGCUCGGGAAAGCGCCAAAAACUACCCCACGAGUGUGCCAACGCCAAUGGCAGUGGCACCGUCCGUGUCGAUGAGCGACGUCAAGGGCGGUGUCGGUAGCGAACACGACACAGGCACUGACACGCCGCUGAACGUCGUCGGCCUAGGGUCACACUCAAAGCAACAGCAGCACCUACGAUCACCCGGUGCCGUGGGCGGAGGCAGUGCUCACGGAGUCAUCUCGCCUGGCUGCGGUGCAACAAGCGCCACCACGGCAAGAGCAGGCCGCUCGAGCCACCCGAGCAGCGUCAACAGUGGUGCCCGCCUGCCAGUUCAGACGAGCGGUGCGCACCGCUCCAGUUCUAGCCAGCAGCCACCGCAGCCAACGUCGUCAGCCCCCGGGGCAGCUUCGGCAGCACUAGCCGGAAGACCGGGCAUGGUGGCAGUAGGGCACGGUAGCCCAUCCCGUUCGGGCUCCGCGGUAGCACCAUUACUGUCGUCUGUGGUCAUUGGAGGAGUAGCAGCUGAAACAGGCGCAUCGUACGCAGACCCUCGCACACUUCCGCAAUGCCAAGGCGAUGUGAACCUCGCCCGCGGCAGAAGUACUGCCUCAUGUGCGCAGCAGCUCAGCAAUUCAGCUACUACAGCAGCACAGUUCAGUCACCAGUCCAUCUCUGCACUCGCCGCGGCGGCGUCUACGUCCGCGGAGGACGUCAGAAACCGUCAACGGUGCGGAGAGCGGCGAGACAAUAGAGACGAGUCGUCACGCGCGUCUCCGCCGCCGCCUCCUGCUGCCCGUCAGUACCUGCCGCAUGCUCAAGAGCUACACCUGGAGGUGCACCCACCCGCGUGCCCUUCGUCAGCAGGUUCUUUCCUUCUCUCCGCCAACCCUGUACCGCCGCAGCAGCAAGGCCGUCUCAUCAUCGACCCCAGUUCAGUGAUCUUGGGCUACAAAGGAGCUCUGCAAAGCCGCUACCACGCUCCGCCGCCGCAGCAGCAGCAGCACCAGCAGGAGUACAGGCAGGCGCCGCCAUCCACCGCGUACGACAACAGCAGCAGCAACAGCUACGGUGGCGGCAGUGGAGCGAGCAGGCACCCGGCGGCUUCCCACGCAUCGGGUCACAGCUACUUGGACAUGCCCCCUCCUCCUCCUCCCUCGUCACCGCCACCGCCGCUUACCCUUGCCGGUGCGGAGAACGCGCUGUAUGAGCAGCCACACCAAGGCUACCCUGCUCCAGUAGACCAACAGCACCACCAUCCGCGGCAACAGCGGCCCCUCAGCUCCUCAACACCGCCGCUACACCUCCAUCUACCCACCGCGUACAUGAACACGGGAGCCAGUCAGGCGAGCCUGCGCCCUACGUCGACGUUGGACGGACCAUGUGCGUCGCCUCUUCGUCCCGCACAACAACAGCAGGCACAGCAGCAGCAGUACACGUCCUACUACACAGGAGUACACUACCAGCAGCCGCAGGUGUCUCACCAGGCCUCCUACAAGGCGCAGCCGGUUAUGGCGAGCGUCGUCACCGGUGCCAGGGCACAUGGCCCCUGCCACCACCACAGCCAACAGCAGCAGCAAAUGACGGUGUCUGCACCAAACAGUGGCCCCGCUGCCCCACCCCUGCCACCGGUCCAGGCGCAUGCCUCCAUGAACACGGGCCCCUCCCGCUAUGCACUACACCCUCGGCUGGUGACCAGUGGAUCCGGAGUGGCACCGAUGCAGCCGCAGCAGCAACUGACUUCGGUGGCUGCCGCUUCGGUGGCGCCCCCCUCUGCGCUUGUUGGGGAAACUAACACCUACUACGGUGCGUCGCCUGUCUCCGUGGCGCCAUCCGGUUCGCGGGCCACGUCUUACUACCCCACGAGCCUCCCGCAGGCAUCCUACGACGCGUCGUCGCAGACGGCGGCAUCCGCCACGCACCCUGCCGGACUUCAGGACAGUGCUGCGCCUCCUCACACCGGCCACUAUCCGCCCGCGCCGCUAAAGCAGCUGCCACACCUGCAGCCGCAGCAGCAGGUGCACCCCUCAUCGACGAUGAUGGAGGCCAGCACCGCAAGUGGGCAAGGAAGUGUCGCCAAUCGGUUCUAUCCACAGCAACACCGACCGCCGUCCCCCUCGAGUGGCCCAGCGUCGGCGGCCCCAGCAAGCGCGUGCUACGGCCAGAUGACAUCACCCACGUCGCAGCAACAGGCAUAUCUGCAGCAGUCAGAGCCACGCAAUGCCAACUAUGAUGGAGGAAGCCGCGAUGACAACUACAGCCCCUACGCCGCAUCCACCGCCAACAACAACGCCGGCAGCAGCGGCAGCAUGAAUGCUCCGAUUCUGAUGAACGCCAAUCCAAACAUCAGCACCAGUUUCAAUCGCGUAGGGCUCUCACUACCGACGUCAGCGGCGGCGAAAGCGGUUACGGGAGGCUCUGGUACCUCAAUAGUCAUGGGCAACCCUUCCCUGUCUCUGUCGCCUGCCGGCAGCAGCAUAGGGCGAGGUGCGCAGGGCUACGCACUGCAAUCAGCUGGGUAUCCUACGAGCGCCAGCGGUAGUUUCACGGCAACCCCGGUAGUAGCAGUGACAGCUGGAGCAACUACACCGGCAGCAUCCAUGAUCCCCAGGACGGAAGGCAGCGCAGUCAAGGUCUACUCCCUGGGCCAGGCCCCGCAGCAUCCCCAGCAACAAGCGAGCGUCGGUGGCAGGGUAGCAGAAGUUCCCUCGCCGGCCCAACAUCCGUAUCGCACCACCACCGCUGCCCAACAGCACCUGCAGCAGCAACAGGACUCGAGGUAUCCGUCUCAGGUAAUGACGCAGUCGUACAGCAGCGAUUACAACAAUGGCAAUAGCGGUGCAUCUGCAAUGACGACUGGUGGGAGGCCAUUAAGAAGUGUGGCGAUGGCCAGUGACGGCAUGGGCAGCAGUAGUCACGAUGACUCCAUGAUGCACGGCAGUCGAGGUGCUCACGCGGCAGCUGGUGAAUAUCAGCUGCCACACCCACAGCAGCAGCAGUACCAACAGCGAUAUCCACAGUGGCAACCGCCACAGCAGCUGCAGCAGCACCACAGCACAACCUCCUCUCAGCCAUCCUCAUGCGCGCCUACGCCGCUUCCUGUUCAACACCAUUAUUCAUCACAGACAGGCAGUGGCAGCGACAGCAGCGGCACCAAAAGCCACACCCAUGCGCAAGCGGCCUGCACUGGUGCCACAGGCAAGGUGAACGCCUCCUCCGUGUACGCGCACAAGCAGCGAGCAUCACCGCACCCGCAGCACGCGGGGGCGCAGCCCACGCCUCUGGCAGCGGCUGUUGGCAGUGGCGGCGGUGGUGGUCGCGGUUCAGCAAUCGCGGUAGCAGCACCGGCGGCAGUUGCGCACGUGUCUCUCGCCAUGCACGGUGCCAACCCGUACAGCCGUAAGGAUGUAGCAACGGCAUCUGUGGUCUCUCCUGCCUCCACGCAGGCGUCAUCAGCUGCGGUGCAGCAGCAACGUAGCAGUGAAAGCUACGGGUACCGUCCCUCACGCUCUGAAUCCACCUUACCAUACUCGCAGGGGUCGCAGCAGCAGCGCCUUGUUACUCGGGCCACCGCCGCCACCGGCCUUUUCCACCGUGGCGCAAGUGGUAGUGUCCAGACAAAGACAACGAUGAGCGCUGGUAGUGCUUCAUCGGUACCCGAUAGUCAUUCCUAUUCACUGCACCAGCGGCAGCGACAGCCAUCCAGCAUUUAUGUGCCCCCUGCGCCGGACGGGGGCUACCAACACCAAAGCCUGGCGCACCCACCGAAACAGCAGCGGCUGACCCCGACGGCGAACGCGAGCGGCACACUUCUCCGCACUGCGCCUGGAUCGCAGCAGCGCUACGAACAGCUAUACCCACGGCAGCAGCAGCAGCAGCAGCAGAAGUCAUCGUCCCCGUACACCUCCACGCAGGUUGCAGCGGACCUGCCGAUGCAGAUGACUGGAAGCUGCAGCACGUACAACGCACACAGCAGCACCGUGGGCACUGGGGACGCCACAUACGACUCCAACAGCAGCUGCAGCGCGGCGGCGCAGCGCUUCGCCCACAAUCCAUACUCGAUGCAGUAG